AUGAUAGACGAACGAUCGAUUCUAGAAAAAAGAACGUUUGGAACAAUAACAGAGGAGAUUACAUCAUUGAAAACAGAAGAAAAGCGUGAAGAAAGGAAGAGGAAGAAGAGAUAUGUAUUACCGGAGAAAGAACAACAGAGAGAACACCUGCAAUUGGCGUUCAAUAUCGCCAACCUCUGGAAUUAUGGCGGUUUCCCACUUUCUUCAAAGUGUGCCACUAAAGUAGCAAUCUUUGGAAGCCAAAAGCAAAUUCGAGAAAACUGGUGGCGGGUAAUCGCCGGAGAAGAUGGUGUCGAUGGUAGCUUCAUAUCUAUCACUGCCGUCGCCGUCGCCGUCGCCGGCACCGCACUUCAACAAGAACAACAAAAACCCACUCCCCAACUCAUCGCUGUUAAUCAUCGACCCGCCGUCAUCCUUCCCGGUUUAGGUAACAAUACAAGCGAUUACAAGAAUCUGGAGAUCAUUUUGAAUGAUUAUGGAAUUCAAACGGUUGUUGCUAAAGUUUCAAGGAUUGAUUGGUUGAGAAAUGCUGCUGGUCUAGUGGAUCCAAAUUACUGGCGAGGCACUCUUCGUCCUCGCCCUGUUCUUGACUGGUAUUUGAAGAGGGUUGAUGAAGCUGUUUGUGAAGCCAAAGAACUAGCUCAAGGAGGGACAUUAUCUUUAGUUGGACACUCGGCAGGAGGAUGGUUAGCGCGUGUUUACAUGGAAGAAUACGAAACAGCUUCUCGUGUUUCCUUAUUAUUGACACUAGGAACUCCCCAUCUGCCGGCUCCAAAGGGUAUACCUGGUGUUAUUGAUCAAACUAGAGGCCUUCUCAAUUACGUCGAGAAAAAUUGUUCAAAACCUGUGUAUACUCCUGAACUUAGAUAUGUUUGUGUAGCUGGAAGAUAUCUCCAAGGGGCUCGUUUAUUUGGGAACUCAGAUGUAGAAGUAGAUAUGGUUCCUAAGCCUGUCCCAACAUUUCGUGAGCGGUUUGUUGGUCAAGGAUACAAACAGGUAUGUGGAGAGGCAAAUGUAUGGGGAGAUGGGAUAGUUCCCGAAACGUGGGCUCAUUUGGAAGGAGCGAUGAAUAUAAGUUUGGAUGGGGUUUACCAUUCGCCUGUUGGCUCGGAUGAAUUGUCAAGGCCAUGGUAUGGUUCUCCAACUGUUGUUGAACAAUGGGUUCAAUAUCUACUUCAUUAAUUUGAAGACAUUUAGAUGAUCUUAUAAUACAUUCAUACCCAUUUGUUAAUACUUUUACAUUAUUAUUGUAUAUAUUCUCAAUUCACAACAUUCAUUACUUGUAAAAUCAGUGAAAAUUUGUCUUAAUUGAUUUGAUGAUUA